CUAAUCUUUUGUAGGAUUAUGAGUGACUCAUGAACAAUAUAAAUACCUAGUAAUGUCUGGGCUCACUCAACGCCUGUAGAAAGAACGCACUUUCAUCCUUCCAUUCUUUCUGUACUGGACAGCGUCGAAACCACAUUAUUUUGUUCGAUUUUCAUCAAACUUGCUAGGGACAAACCAACAAAAUGGGAAGGACUCUAACAUAUCCCAAGAAACCGUCAAACACCGUCAACCGCUACAAACAUCGAGCGACCUACGACCUCGGUGCCAUUCAUUCUAUCAUCAACUCCACCCAGGUCCUUCAUGUGUCCUUCAGCCCGGGGCCGUCUGAGCCCUUUCCCGCGAUUCUACCUAUGAUCGGGCAGAUGGGCUCCUUCGACUACCCAUCCGCCAGCAUUGACGAGCCUCUGGACUGCUACCUUCACGGCUAUGUCAGCUCUCGAAUCAUGAACCUUGCGCGCGACUCGGAGGGAGAGGGCCUUCCCGUCUGUGUGGCGGCCAGUAAAGUCGACGGGCUUAUCCUAUCACUGACGCCCAACUCCCACAGCUACAACUACCGCUCUGCCAUCAUUCAAGGCUACGCGCAGCUGGUCACGGAUGAGGCGGAGAAGCUGUACGCGAUGGAGCUCAUCACGAACUCCGUGCUCGCGGACCGCUGGGCCAACACGCGAGUGCCGCCCGACCGCGCGGAGAUGUCCUCCACCGUCAUUCUUCGGGUCAAGGUCGUCAGUGGCAGCGGAAAGAUCCGCGAUGGUGGGGUGUCCGACGAGAAGAAGGAUACUGGCAACGAGGAGGUCACCGACCGGGUCUGGACGGGCGUGGUGCCUGUCUGGGAGACGUUUGGAGAGCCUGUCCCGAGUGAUCAGAACAAGGUGGCUGAAGUGCCGGGCUAUAUCAGCGCAUUUGUGGCGGCGAAGAAUGCGGGAAAUUGUCAGUAUGCGGAGAAGGCCAUUGGGGUCCAGCUGCCGAAAGAGGAGCAGCAUUGAUAUGUGUUGAGUUGGAGUACUUACCUGGAUCUGCUUUUUUUUUUUUUCAUUUGUUGAUUUGUUGAUAUUUUUCUUAGUCAAUGAGCGGGUAGAUAUUCUUGAAUUGAUUGUGCAUCUGAGC